AUGGAUGACUUAUUUGACGCCUUCGAUGACAAGCCCCAAACAGCUGCUCCCAGCAGGACUAAAAAAGCAAAGAAAGACAAGAAAGAUCGCAGCAAGAAGAGAAAUGCCAAUGGAGAUGUAAAGCCAAUUGCUGAUGCGCAAGAUGUGGAUGCUGAGAUGGUAGACUCCGAGGAGCCAGCGGUCGAAGCAGAUGUAGAGGAAGAAGACAUCGAAGAAGAUGACGAAAUUAAAGAAGCAAAGAAGGACGCUAAACGACGCAGAAAAGACACAGAAGCCGAUCCGGUAGUUACAGAUACAUUCGAGACAGCACAAUCGCGAGAGCUAGCUGCUUCAGCAGGAUUACAAGGUGCCCCAGAAGAAACAGCAUUGGUUCUACAGCACAACAUUCAACAUCAAGUUUCUUUACCUCCCGAUUACGAAUAUAUUCCAAUAUCGCAGCACAAAGCUCCUGCCGAACCCGCUAGAACUUGGCCUUUCGAAUUAGAUCCUUUCCAGAAAGUUGCUAUUGCAUCAAUUCAAAGAAAUGAGAGUGUACUGGUAUCGGCGCAUACUAGUGCAGGAAAAACUGUCACAGCAGAAUAUGCGAUUGCGCAAUGUCUCAAAAACAACCAGAGAGUCAUUUACACGAGUCCUAUUAAAGCUUUGAGUAAUCAGAAAUAUCGAGAAUUUACUGCGGAUUUUGGAGAUGUUGGUUUAAUGACUGGAGAUGUUACAAUUAACCCAACCGCGACUUGUCUGGUUAUGACGACCGAGAUUUUAAGAUCUAUGUUGUAUCGAGGAUCUGAGAUUAUGCGUGAAGUCGCUUGGGUUGUCUUUGAUGAGAUUCAUUAUAUGAGAGAUAAAUCCAGAGGUGUGGUUUGGGAAGAAACGAUCAUCUUGUUACCAGACAAGGUCAGAUAUGUCUUUUUGUCUGCGACUAUUCCUAAUGCUAUGCAAUUUGCUGAAUGGAUCACGAAAACUCACAACCAGCCAUGUCACAUUGUUUACACCGAUUUCAGACCUACCCCUCUACAACACUACUUCUUCCCAGCUGGUGCAGAUGGUAUACAUUUGAUUGUUGAUGAGAAGGGAAACUUCAGGGAGGAUAACUUUUCAAAGGCUAUGGCAACAAUAGAGGAUAAGAAAGGGGCUGAUCCAGCAGACAUCAACGCGAAACAGAAGGGGCGUGGAAAGGAUAAGAAGACCAAUAAGGGUGCCAACAAGGAAGGUUCGGAUAUUUACAAGAUUGUCCGAAUGAUCAUGUUGAAGCAUUACAAUCCUGUCAUCGUUUUCAGUUUCAGUAAGAGAGAGUGUGAGGCAUAUGCAUUACAGAUGAGCUCCAUGGCUUUCAACGAUCAAUCCGAAAAAGACAUGGUUUCAAAGGUCUUUGAGAGUGCAAUCGAGUCUCUCUCGGAAGAGGAUAGGACCCUACCGCAAAUUCAACACAUCUUACCAUUGUUGAGACGUGGUAUCGGUGUGCAUCAUUCUGGACUUCUUCCUAUCCUCAAGGAAACCAUAGAAAUCUUGUUCCAGGAGAAUCUGAUCAAGGUUCUUUUUGCUACAGAAACUUUCUCUAUUGGUCUGAAUAUGCCUGCCAAGACUGUAGUAUUCACUAGCGUCGAGAAGUUUGAUGGUGAGAAGAUGCGAUACCUGACGCCAUCCGAGUUCGUGCAAAUGUCAGGUCGUGCUGGUCGUCGUGGUCUUGAUGAUAGAGGUAUUGUCAUUAUGAUGAUCAAUGACAAGAUGGAGCCAGAGAGUGCCAAGACAAUUGUUCGUGGAGAGCAGGAUAAGCUUAAUUCAGCUUUCUACCUUGGUUAUAACAUGAUUCUUAACUUGAUGCGUUUGGAAGGAAUUUCACCAGAGUUUAUGCUGGAACAUUGUUUCUACCAAUUCCAGAACACUUCAAGUGUUACUGUUCUCGAAAAGGAACUUCAAGACUUGCAAAUUGCGAGGGAUGAAGUUCAAAUUCCAGACGAAGCAACAAUUAAAGAUUACUACGAUCUUCGACAACAGCUUACCACAUACACCAAGGACAUGCGUGAUGUUAUCAAUCACCCUAACUACUGUCUUCAAUUCAUGCAACCAGGACGGGUUGUUCACAUCAAACAUCAAGAUCAUGAUUUCGGCUGGGGAGCAGUUGUGAAGUUUACAGCAAGACGACCUGCUAAAGGAUCUGCUCAAGAAUUCCCUCCACAACAAGCAUACAUCCUUGAUGUGCUUCUGCAAGUUUCUUCGGACAGUACAGUUACUACACAAACACAAAGUGACUUGCCAUUAGGCAUCACACCACCUGCUGUAGGCGACAAAGGCAAGAUGGAAAUUGUUCCUGUACUUCUGUCAUGUGUUGAAGCCAUCGGCCAUGUUCGUAUAUUCCUUCCAAAGGAUCUUCACCCAGCCAAUGAACGAAAUCAAGUACGUAAAUCUCUCGAGGAAGUCAAACGUCGUUUCCCAGAUGGUAUCGCAGUGCUUGACCCAAUCGAGAAUAUGGGCAUUACAGAUGAUUCCUUCAAGAGACUUCUUCGCAAGAUUGAAGUUCUUGAAUCUCGUCUACUCUCGAACCCCCUCCACAACUCACCCCGUCUCCCAGAUCUCUAUAAUCAAUAUGUUGGCAAACUCGAAUUGACCAAACAAAUUAAAGAGAAGCGUAAGGCUAUUGCUUCUGCAUUGAGCAUCAUGCAACUCGAUGAGCUCAAGUCACGCAAACGUGUUCUACGUCGUCUCGGCUUCAUCAACGAACAAGAAGUCGUGGAGCUAAAGGCUCGUGUUGCAUGUGAAAUCUCAUCCACAGGCGAUGGUCAUGAACUUCUUCUUUCCGAACUCCUUUUCAAUGGUUAUUUCAACGAUUUGACUCCGGAAAUGUGCGCCGCCGUUCUGUCGGUUUUCAUCUUUGAAGAAAAGAGUCAAUGUCCUCCACUUAAAGAGGAAUUGGCUGCUAAAUACAGGGAAAUUCAAGCUCAAGCUAGGAUCGUCGCAAAGGUUACCGCGGAGAGUAAAUUGAAGAUGAAUGAGGAAGAAUACGUGACUAGUUUCAAGUGGCAACUAAUGGAAGUUGUUUACGUCUGGGCACAAGGAAAGAGUUUUGCAGAGAUCUGUAAAAUGACCGACGUCUACGAAGGAUCUCUGAUCCGACUCUUCCGUCGACUUGAAGAACUCCUCCGACAAAUGGCUCAAGCAGGAAAAGUCAUGGGCUCAGAUGACAUUUCAAAUAAAUUCGACGAGUCGCUUAAGAAAAUUAGGAGAGAUAUUGUUGCGGCGCAAAGUUUGUAUUUGUAG